GUUGUUAAUAAGAAAACAAACCUCCUCCUCCUCUCUCUCAGUCUCUCUCUGUUCGUUCUCCACUGAAGCGCACUAGACGUUCUCCAUUCAAGCAGCUUCUCAAGAUGGACAAGCAAUCUUUAGCAGCCCCUAUAAAAUCAAGUGUUGAUAAAUUUCAACUCAUUCCUGAGUUUUUGAAGAUGAGAGGGUUAGUGAAGGAACAUUUGGAUUCUUACAAUUACUUUAUAAGUACUGGGAUUAAGAAGAUCGUCCGAGUUAACAAUGAAAUUCGAUCCAAUGUUGACCGCGGAAUCUAUCUCAAGUUUUUAGAUGUUAAGAUUGGCGAACCAUCUAUUGUUUUGGACGGUGUUUUCGAGAAGAUCAAUCCUCAGAUGUGCAGACUAUCAAAUAUGACGUAUGCGGCACCUAUAGAAGCUCAUAUAGAGUAUGUUACUGAAACUGGUGGUCAAAAGCAACUCUGUGAGAAGAAAGAUGUAAUUAUAGGAAGAAUGCCUAUCAUGUUACGAAGUCGUUACUGUGUGUUAUAUGGGAAGGAUGAGACUGAGCUAGCCAAACUUGGGGAAUGCCCACUUGAUCCGGGAGGGUAUUUUGUUGUGAAAGGAAAUGAGAAGGUGAUUAUGAUUCAAGAACAGCUUUCAAAUAACAGAAUAAUUAUUGAAGUUGAUAAGAAGGGAAAUUUGGUUGCAUCUGUUACUAGUCUGGGUGCAACAUUAAGGAGUAAAACUGUUAUAAUGAUGGAAAAAGAGAAGAUAUAUCUACAACUCAAUAGGUUUCAGAAUAAGGUUCCCAUUAUGGUGGUGAUGAAGGCUAUGGGAAUAGAGAGUGACCAAGAAGUUGUACAAAUGAUUGGACGAGAUCCACGCUAUAGUGCUUUACUAUUGCCUUCUAUUGAGGAAUGUGCAAGUUUUGGUGUAAAAACACAACGACAAGCUCUUGAAUUUCUUGAGAAAAAGGUCAAAAAACCACAAUUUGUUAGUGCUCAAUUUGAAAAGGAAGAUAGAGCUUUGAAAAUACUACAGGAUAUAUUUAUUGCACAUGUUCCGAUGCAUGGGAGCAGCUUUCGUGCCAAGUGUUUAUACUCUGCUGUGAUGAUGAGGCGUAUGUUAGAGGCAUUUUUAAAUAAAGCUGCAGUAGAUGACAAGGAUUAUGUGGGGAACAAGCGGUUUGAACUUUCUGGACAGUUACUCGCUACGCUUUUUGAGGACUUGUUCAAAACGAUGAUUACCGAAGUUGGAAGAAAGGUGGAUGCAAUAUUAACUAAAAAAAGUCGCUCUAGCAGAUUUGAUUUUUCUCAGCAUAUAAUAAAAGAUACUAUUAGCUUUGGUUUAGAAAGAGCUCUUUCAACUGGCAAUUGGUGCAUCAAGCGGUUCAGGAUUGACAGGAAAGGUGUAACACAGGUACUUGCUAGGCUAUCUUAUAUUCAAGCAUUGGGCUUCCUUACCAAAAUUCAACCACAAUUUGAGAAGUCGAGGAAAGUUAGUGGACCCAGAGCUUUACAACCUAGCCAGUGGGGUAUGCUCUGCCCAUGUGAUACGCCAGAAGGUGAAUCUUGUGGAUUGGUAAAGAACUUGGCGUUGAUGACUCAUGUUACCACUGAUGAAGAGGAAGGCCCAUUAGUAUCUCUGUGUUACUGUUUGGGUGUUGAGGACCUGGAACUACUCUCUGGAGAAGAACUGCACUCGCCAAAUUCAUUUCUUGUGAUUUUCAAUGGGCUUAUUCUUGGCAAGCAUAGAAGGCCACAGCAUUUUGCCUCUGCCCUGAGAAGAUUGAGGAGAUCUGGAAAGAUUGGCGAGUUUGUCAGCGUUUUUGUUAACGAGAAGCAGAGUUGUGUGUAUAUUGCAUCUGAUGGAGGUCGUGUUUGUCGUCCACUUGUAAUUGCUGAUAAAGGUGUAUCAAGGAUCAAAUAUCAUCAUAUGAAAGAGCUACAGGAUGGAGUGCGCACUUUUGAUGACUUUUUGCGUGAGGGUUUGAUCGAGUAUCUAGAUGUUAAUGAGGAAAACAAUGCCUUGAUCGCAUUGUAUGAAGACCAAGCCCAACUGGAGACAACUCAUAUCGAAAUUGAGCCGUUCACAAUCUUGGGUGUUAUUUCUGGGUUGAUCCCUUAUCCCCAUCACAAUCAGUCGCCUAGAAAUACGUAUCAGUGUGCUAUGGGAAAGCAAGCCAUGGGAAAUAUUGCUUAUAAUCAGCUCUUCAGGAUGGACACAUUACUAUAUCUUUUAGUAUAUCCUCAAAGACCAUUGUUGACGACAAAAACAAUCGAAUUGGUGAAGUAUGAUAAGCUUGGUGCUGGACAGAAUGCAACUGUUGCUGUAAUGAGCUAUACUGGAUACGAUAUAGAGGAUGCUAUAGUUAUGAAUAAAUCAUCAUUAGAUCGUGGUUUUGGGCGUUGUAUAGUGAUGAAGAAGAAGAGUGCAAUUAUGCAGAGGUACGAGAAUAACGCAUCUGAAAGAAUACUACCCCCUACAAGAGAAGGAUAUGCUGCAGAAAGAAUGCAGGCAUUGGAUGAUGAUGGUAUUGCUGCUCCAGGACAAAUCAUUCGACAAGAUGACUUCUUAGUUAACAAGUCCACACCAAAGAUUACAAAGGGGCCAAUCACCUCAGGAGUGAUACCAGAUAGUGAGUAUAGACCAACACCUUUCAAACUUAGUGGUCUUGCUGGAGAUAAUUCAGUGAUAGAUAGAGUGGCACUCUUCGCAGACAAGAAUAGCAACAUGUGUAUAAAUUUCAUAAUUCGCCAAACUCGUCGUCCAGAGGUUGGUGACAAGUUUAGCAGCAGACAUGGGCAGAAAGGUGUAUGUGGUACCAUUGUUCAGCAAGAGGAUUUUGUUUUCUCUGAGCGUGGCAUUUGUCCAGAUCUGAUUAUGAAUCCCCAUGGGUUUCCAAGUCGAAUGACUGUAGGGAAGAUGAUUGAGCUUCUGGGAGGUAAAGCUGGAGUUUCAUGCGGCAGAUAUCACUAUGGAAGUGCCUUUGGUGAACCAAGUGGCCAUGCCGAUAAAGUUGAAGAUAUAAGUGAGACUUUAGUGAAGCAUGGAUUCAGCUACAGCGGCAAAGAUUUCCUCUAUUCAGGCAUAACUGGAGAACCACUGCAAGCAUAUAUAUUCAUGGGGCCAAUUUACUAUCAAAAAUUAAAACACAUGGUGUUGGAUAAAAUGCAUGCGCGAGGCUUUGGUCCUCGUGCUAUCUUAACUAGGCAACCAACUGAGGGGAAAGCUAGAAAUGGAGGAUUAAGGGUUGGCGAAAUGGAGCGUGAUUGUUUGAUAGCUUAUGGUGCUAGCAAUCUGAUUUAUGAACGCUUGAUGCUCUCAAGUGAUCCCUUUCAAGUUCAGGUUUGUAGAUCAUGCGGAUUGUUGGGAUAUUACAACCAUAAACUGAAAGCUGGUAUUUGCAGUGCUUGUAAAAAUGGGGAAAAUAUAUCCACCAUGAAAUUGCCCUAUGCUUGCAAGCUCCUGUUUCAGGAACUCCAAUCGAUGAACAUAGUUCCUCGUUUGAAGUUGUCCGAUGUUUGAUUUGCUACUAUCUCUUAAAACACUUGAGCUCUGAGAUGCAAUAUUGUAAUGAUAUCAGUAUGGCAUUGGCAUGAUCUCCAUCAGCUAAUGAGCGGAAUAUUGUGAAUAAAAUGAGUGUAGCAACAUAAGGAAAAAUGGUGCAUUUGACCAAUUGACAUUUGUGGGGGAUGUGGUCUAGUGUCCACCAAAUACAUCAAUAGCGGGAACCAGGAUUUUCUCUAUUGUGACCAAAUGUUGCUUUAUCAUACGAGGGAGAAUAGGUUCAGGACACAUGCAGCACUGUAACCCCUGCAGCCCUGCAUUAAACCAGGGAUGACUCUUGGAGGGUGUGUUGCCAUAUGCCCGUAUUAGGAGUUUUGUAGACACUGAUCUUAGAAAUAGUCGUGUAUAUAUAUGAUGUGCGCAUCACUUACUAUUCUCUUUAGCAUUAUGAUCAAGUUCAAAGGUAAAUGUAAUAUUUAAUUUUUAAAUAUUUAAUUAAACGACUAUUUCACCAAAUGCCACUUAGCAAUUUAAAAAUUCACCAAAUGCUAUUGGACUUUUCAAACUUCACCAAAUGCCACCCAGUUUUUAAAAAAUUCACCCAGUGCCAUUAAUGACCAACGGUCGUUAACUCUGUUAGUAUUAAGGGGUUAAUCAUGACACGUGUCAUCACAUAAUUGGACCAUUUAUCUUAAUUCAUAAAA